AUGACGGAGAUGAGGCGGACUCACUGGUAUCCAAAAACUUUCCAGCUGAAGAUGCUGCUCUACAUGGCUUUCGUACUGUAUGCCCCCUCACUGGCGCUCUAUUCAGUGACUGGGUUUAACCUCUGGCUGUCCAUCUCAACCGUAGGGGUCAUCGUGACCAUCUACACUGCCCUGGGCGGCAUGAAGACCGUGAUAUGGACUGACUGUCUACAGACAGUCAUCAUCAUUGUUGGACUGGUAUCUCUGCUAGUUCAGGGAUCCAAGGCUGUUGGGGGAUUUUCGAAUGCAUGGAAAAUUGCUGGCGACAGAGGUCGCCUACGGUUCUUAGAGUGA